AUGGGAUCUUCAAAGAUCUGUGCUCUCAAUCAGAAAAAGCCUCAGGAUAGGGGCUUUUCUCCUGAUUUCCAGACCGCAGUAAAGACCCUGCAAGACAUGAGCCAAGCUUAUGAAGAGCUAGCAGAAAUGAGCAGGGAAUUUCCUUAUCAAGCCUGUGGCAAGGUGCAGUCUGCUCCACCAGGAAAGAGUUCUGGACGCAAACCUUCAAAAUCUAGCAAAGCACCUGAGAGUAGCAGGUCAAAGAAAACAUCACAUGGGAAGCUGAAUUUGGUGAAUCUCAAACAAAAAACCAGGGAUGUUUUGAAGAAAGGGAAACACCACAAGCAGCUGCUCAGCAAUGAGGAGCAGGAGGGUAUUGUAUUUAUUUCUGGUCCAGACUGGCACAUAAAGACAUCAAAGAGCGAGGUGCUCUUCUGUGAACCGAAUGGCAUGAAUGAUCUCCAAACACCUGAGGAUAUUCAGAUACCCCAGGCAAUAGAGCUUGAAGAUCAAACAAUCAUUGAGAAAAUCCAAACAACUGCCAGACAGAACAAUCACUUCUCCGAGAGUGAUGAGGAACCUAAUGAACUAGAUCCUUGUGUUGCCAAAGGUGAAUCAUUUGUUUGUGAUGACAGCCAAAAUAAAGAGUCUUCAGGUUUCCAUCAGAUAUCAAAGCACGACACUUGCCCAACUCCACCCAAAAUCAACACAUGGACUUCUGAGAGUAACGGAGUGAACACUAAGGAUGCCAUUACUUGGACCAAAGGUGACAUUCUUGGCAGAGGUGCAUAUGGAACGGUGUAUUGCGGUCUCACCAGUCAAGGCCAGCUGAUAGCAGUGAAGCAGGUUGCCUUGGACUCUUCAGAUCAAGCCACUGCAGAGAAGGAAUACCAGAGACUCCAGGAAGAAGUAGACUUGCUAAAAACUCUCGAUCACAGCAAUAUUGUAGGAUUCCUGGGAACCUGUCUUGAAGUAAACAUCAUGAGCAUCUUUAUGGAGUUUGUUCCGGGUGGAUCUGUUGCCAGCAUCAUCAAUCGCUUUGGACCUCUACCAGAAAAGGUGUUUGCCAUUUACACAAAACAGAUCCUGGAAGGGAUUGAAUAUCUGCACAAUAGCCGGGUGAUCCACAGAGACCUCAAAGGGAACAAUGUUAUGCUUAUGCCCACUGGUAUUAUAAAACUCAUAGAUUUUGGCUGUGCCAAGCGCUUGGCUUGUUUGAACAUGACAGGCACCAACAGCGAAAUGCUCAAGUCUAUGCAUGGCACUCCAUACUGGAUGGCGCCAGAAGUCAUCAAUGACACUGGGCACGGCAGGAAAUCAGAUAUCUGGAUUAUUGGAUGUACUAUUUUUGAAAUGCCACUUGCUAAUAUGGAGAGGAUGGCAGCCUUGCUUUACAUUGGUGCACGGAAAGGCUUACCAGACCACUUCUCAGAAAAUGCCAGGAACUUUGUCCAAGCUUGUUUACCAAGUGAUCAACGAGAAAGACCUUCUGCUAAACAAUUACUGGAGCAUCCUUUCAUCAAGUGAGAAAAAUAAUGCAAUCAGCCAUUAAGCCCAAGAUCCAAAAUGCAGUAAAGCAGAACACAUUUCAAAGCCUCUGGAAGUGAGGAGACGCGAGAAUGCUCUCAUAUACAACUUGAAGAAGAAUCAAGACACUUUGUCCUUUAUUUGUUACAAUACUCACUGUUUACAAGCAAAAGUGAUCAGACGGGUACACAAGGGUUAAAGGUGUUGGCAGAACAAGUCAGAUCCUCAUUGGACCUAUUCUGAAAAGGAUUAUACAUGAAGAACGUUCAUAUUAACAUAUCAAUGUGUAGCAACAGAGAGGUCACAGGAUAACAACUGCAGUUAAGAAAAACUAUACUUUUGGCGAGUUUCUGUGCCAAGGCCAAUAUUAAGCUACAUUUGACACGUAUUGUAUAUAGAUAAUAUCUAUUUUGUGUAUGAAAGUUAAGUUUACUGAAAUUAACUAUAUAUUGUAUUUAAAAAAAAAAAAAAACUCCCAAGAAUUGUAAUACUGAAGCAAAAUUAA